GUGCCCGGCGGGGCCAUGCGGGAGCUGAGGGCGCUGCGGCCCCGCAGGCUCCCGGCCGCGCGGGCCAUGGCGGCGGCGGCGGCGGCGGCGGCGGAGCGCGGGCCGGGGCCGGGGCCGGGGCCGGUGCCGGGUCCCGGGGCGGCGGCGGGGCGGCGGCGGGCGCCGGUGCUGAGCGCCGCCACCAUGAACCCGGCGGUGCGGCGGGUGGAGUACGCGGUGCGCGGCCCCAUCGUCACCCGCGCCCUGGAGCUGGAGCGGGAGCUGCGCCAGGGCGUCCCCAAGCCCUUCACGGAGGUGAUCAAAGCCAACAUCGGCGAUGCCCACGCCAUGGGGCAGAAGCCCAUCACCUUCCUCCGCCAGGUGAGCGCCCUGUGCCUGUGCCCCGAGCUGCUGAGCGAGGCCUCCGUCCCCGGCGACGCCAAGGACCGCGCGCGGCGGCUGCUGGCGGCCUGCGCCGGGCAGAGCGCCGGUGCCUACAGCGCCAGCCCCGGCAUCGAGCUGGUCCGCCGGGACGUGGCGCGCUUCAUCGAGCGGCGCGACGGCGUGCCCGCCCGCCCCGAGGACGUCUUCCUCUCCACGGGUGCCAGCGACGCCAUCGUGACCAUCCUGAAGCUGCUGGUGUCCGGGGAGGGCGCCGGGCGGACGGGCGUCCUGAUCCCCAUCCCGCAGUACCCGCUCUACUCGGCCGCCAUCGCCGAGCUCAGCGCCGUGCAGGUCAACUACUACCUGGACGAGGAGCACUGCUGGGCGCUGGACGUGGGCGAGCUGCGGCGGGCGCUGGCCCAGGCCCGCCGGCACUGCGUCCCCCGCGUCCUCUGCAUCAUCAACCCCGGCAACCCCACCGGGCAGGUGCAGAGCCGGCAGUGCAUCGAGGACGUCAUCAAGUUUGCGUUUGAGGAGCAGCUCUUCCUGAUGGCCGACGAGGUGUACCAGGACAACGUCUACGCCGAGGGCUCGGCUUUCCACUCCUUCAAGAAGGUGCUGUUUGAGCUGGGGUCACCAUACAAGGACGUGGUGGAGCUGGCCUCCUUCCACUCCAUCUCCAAGGGCUUCAUGGGCGAGUGCGGGUUUCGCAGCGGCUACGUGGAGGUGGUGAACGUGGACCCCGAGGUGCGGCAGCAGCUGUCCAAGCUGGUGUCGGUGCGCCUGUGCCCGCCCGUGCCCGGGCAGAUCGUCCUGGACGCCGUGGUGAACCCGCCGCAGCCCGGCGAGCCCUCCUACGAGCGCUUCAUCGCCGAGAAGCAGGCGGUGCUCAGCGCCCUGGCGCACAAGGCCCGGCUCACCCAGGAGAUCUUCAACCAAGCGCCCGGCAUCCGCUGCAACCCCGUGCAGGGCGCCAUGUACUCCUUCCCCAGGAUCGAGCUGCCGCCCCGCGCCGUGCAGGAGGCCAAGGCGCAGGGCCAGGCCCCGGACAUGUUCUUCUGCCUGAAGCUGCUGGAGGAGACGGGCAUCUGCGUGGUGCCGGGCAGCGGGUUCGGGCAGCGGGAAGGCACCUACCACUUCCGGAUGACCAUCCUGCCGCCCACGGAGCAGCUCCGGGUGCUGCUGCAGAAGCUCAGCCAGUUCCACGCCAAGUUCACCACGGAGUACUCCUAACGCCGGCCCCCCCCCCCCAUGCCCCCCCCCCCGGCGCCGCGGGGGUCCCGCCCUGCCCACUCCAUCCCCGUGCCCCGAGGGACCCCCCCCCGCCCGGGCGCUCAGCCGGGUGCCCGGCGCUGAACAUCUCCAAGUGCCUCCAGUCUCCAAGUGCCUUCCCAGGGGGGACACGAGGGCACCCCAUGUCCUGGGGCUGGUUCCCCCCCCCCACCCCGGCUCCCCCUGCCCACCGGGGCUCGGUGGGCUCCCCCCCCCCCGGAAACCCCUAAUAAAGGGUAGUGAGCAGC